CCACUCUACAAACGUUGCUAAAAGUUGUGUUCGUUGUUCUAAAAGUACUGAACUUCCCGAAGGCACUUGAAGGCAGCGUACGCUUAAGCUAACUAGCAGGCUAGCUUCCCAUAUUGCUAGGGACGGUAAUCCGUAGUGGCAACACGUAACUUGUUUAACCGUUACACGCACGAAGAAAUGAUGACACACAACUUAACACUGACUAAGCGAACAUAGCCCACAACAAAUGGAGGUCAGCGAGCACGUUUUAUCGGCGGGCCGAGCCGUGCUGGACAUGGUGGAGCGGGAGUGGCAGCCGCUUUCCCCGACCGAGUUGGACCAGCGGCUGGACCAGGCAGUGGAGGAGAUCCUGGAGGCUGACCUGAUAGCAAGACUCAAAACUCAGCCUCAUCCGACUGUUUACGUUCAGUUCCUGCAGAGUCAAACUAAUGUGCAGCCUCAAGUUUUACAGACGACAACAUCCAGCAGUGCCCCGGAGGAAGAGACACCAGAGCCCCGGGAACCGUUGGAGACCGUGGACAGUGCUGCAGUGAAGCACAUCACAGACCUGCUUCAAAGCUCCAAAUCCAGGGCUCGAAUGGCCGGACGGGCUCGCUUGUCCCUGUCCCACACUGUCCUGCUGUCCCUCACCCUGCUCUCUGAGCGCGUCAGCUACCGCUCUGUGUCCCGCCGCUUCCACCUGGAAAAAGGAAACAUCCACAGGAUCUUCUUUUCUUUCUGUGAGCGCAUAAACUCGCUGGAAGAGAGGCAAAUCAGAUGGCCAGUAGACAGCGAGGCUUUAGAGGCCCUUUUCCCACUUUGCAGUCCAGAGAAGGAGCAGGAGGAGCUGCCAGGUGUGCCUCAGGUCCUGGGAGUGUUGGGACACACUCGCAUCCCUAUCCGCCUGCCUAUAGGAAAACAUGAUGUGGAGAGCACAGUGCCUGAGGUGAAGAGGAUGAAGAAGGAGGCCCAUCCUGACUCUUGGCUAAACCUGCAGCUUAUAUGUGAUCGUAAAGGCAGGUUCCUACACUGCAGAAUCAGUAAAGGAUCAGAUGUGGACAGAGGCAUCACUCUGAGAGACAAACUCAAACAGCAUCCUGAACUGAUGCCCUCUGGCUCCUGCCUCGUGGCCAGAGCGGGCUACCCGCUCACUGCUCAGAUUUUAACCCCAUACUCAGGAAGUCAAGGACCAAAAGAGGAGCUCUUUAACAAGAUGCUUGAGGGACAUUUUCACAUCCUGGAUCAGGCUGUUGCCAACCUGAGAGCCAGAUUUCAAAGGCUCAAGUAUUUGGAUAUUGGAAACUAUGACAGAGCCAGAGCUGUUGUGCUGACCGCCUGUGUGUUGCACAAUGUGUUUUUGGACGUGGGACAAGUGAUUCAAGGGGAUGUUGAGAAAGAGGAAGCCAUAACUGGAGAGGUAGAGGGGGAGGUGGAUGAUCAGGGCAUUCAGAGACGAGACGCCAUCUCAGAUUUGUUGUUUAAAACUGUUGAUUCUAUAAGCAGAUGAUGCGAUAGUGUCUGUCAGGGAGCUUGUGUCCUUGGAGGUAAAUGUACAGUUUUGUUAUAUAAAGGUUUAUUUUAUCAGAAUCUCUACUGUCUGAGUCUGUUUGCACUCAAAACUCUUUCACUGCUACUAUCAGAUAA